UAGUAUUGAUUUCCCAAAUUGUACCCUCCGCCCACAUGACUCACUAGAUCCAAAACCUGUUUCGCCUUCUCUCCAAAUCUAUACCGUAAAUAUAUAGAGAAGUAAAAUCAAACAAAAGAGAAGAAACAGCCAUUCUCUACUCGUAAUCAACAUGGCUGGUUUUGAUUCACUAUACUAUGCCACCUCCAAACCCCUCAAAGCCACUACGACAACCUCAGUUUCCUCCAAAACUGGCAGGCUUUUCUACUUAGCUCUUAUUUUCUGCCUCUGCUCCCUCUGUUACCUCUUUGGCCUUUGGCAACAUGGCGGUUUCCCCACCAUCACCACCACCGCACCCGCCGUCUCUACGACCAAGAUUAUAUCAGUCCCAUGCAUCCCAAACGAAAACACCACCACCAUGACAACAUCAGAAACCUUAGAUUUCUCAACCCACCACGUGGCGGACUCUGAUGAUGAGUCGCUUCUUCCAGACGUCAAAACCUAUCCUUCAUGCAGCAUUAAGUACAGUGAAUACACCCCAUGCGAGGACCAGAGAAGAUCAUUGAAGUUUAAGAGGGACAGGUUGAUAUACAGGGAGAGGCAUUGCCCGGAGAAACAAGAGCUGCUGAAAUGUCGUGUGCCGGCUCCGUAUGGUUAUAAGAACCCUUUUCCGUGGCCGAGGAGCAGGGACUUAGCUUGGUUCGCAAACGUGCCACACAAGGAAUUGACAGUCGAGAAAGCAGUGCAAAAUUGGAUUAGAUAUGAAGGUAAUCGGUUCAGGUUCCCGGGAGGAGGAACCAUGUUUCCCCAUGGUGCUGAUGCAUAUAUAGACGAUAUUGGAAAGCUUAUAAAUCUCAAAGAUGGGUCUAUACGUACUGCAAUUGAUACUGGCUGUGGCGUUGCCAGUUGGGGAGCAUAUCUUCUGUCUCGGAACAUCCUAACAAUGUCGUUCGCACCAAGGGACACCCAUGAAGCACAAGUGCAAUUUGCCUUGGAGCGAGGCAUUCCUGCCAUGUUAGGAGUUCUUGCUUCCAAGAGGCUUCCCUACCCAUCCAGAGCCUUCGACAUGGCUCAUUGCUCUCGCUGCCUCAUUCCUUGGGAUAAAUAUGACGGGGUUUUUUUUAUUGAAGUUGAUCGAAUUUUAAGGCCUGGCGGGUACUGGAUUCUCUCUGGCCCUCCAAUUCGUUGGAGGAAAUAUUGGCAAGGCUGGCAAAGAACAAAAGAGGAUUUGAAUGAUGAACAGACUCGUAUCGAGAGUGUUGCUAGGAGCCUAUGCUGGAAAAAGUUGGUGGAGAAAGAUGAUAUUGCCAUUUGGCAAAAGCCCAUUAAUCAUUUAAACUGUAAAGUUAUUCGCAAGUUUAACCGAAAUCCACCUUUUUGCCCUUCUCAGGAUCCUGACAAAGCCUGGUACACAAAUUUGGAGACUUGUUUGACUCAUUUGCCUGAAGUUUCCAAUGAUCAAGAAACUGCUGGUGGUGAACUGGCAAAAUGGCCUGAAAGACUAAAUGCAAUCCCACCUAGGAUUAGGAAGGGAACUGUAAAUGGAAUUACAGCUGAAAUUUUCGAACAAGAUUCACAAGUAUGGAAGAGGAGGUUGUCUUAUUACAAAACAGUGAACAAUCAAUUAGGACAACGUGGGAGGUACCGCAACAUUUUGGAUAUGAACGCACACUUGGGGGGAUUUGCCGCUGCUCUCAUUGACGAUCCAGUAUGGGUAAUGAAUGUGGUUCCCGUUCAGGCUGAAAUCAACACACUAGGAGUUAUUUAUGAAAGGGGACUGAUCGGAACAUAUCAGAGUUGGUGUGAAGCCAUGUCUACUUAUCCAAGAACAUACGACUUCAUUCAUGCUGUUUCUGUGUUUAGUCUCUAUAAGGACAGAUGUGAGUUGGAGGACAUUCUGCUAGAGAUGGAUAGAAUUUUGAGACCUGACGGAAGUGUAAUCUUCCGGGAUGAUGUGGAUAUAUUGGUUAAGAUCAAAAAGAUAACGGAUGGAUUGAAUUGGGAUAGUCAAAUUGUUGAUCAUGAAGAUGGGCCUCUCAAUAGGGAAAAGCUUCUGUUUGCAGUGAAGGUGCAUUGGACAGCGCCUGCCUCCGAUGCAACUGGAUCACCAACUUCUUAAAGCUAUUUUCAUUUAUUGAUUCGUUUAUGUGUCUAAGGAAACCAAUUAAGCUCAAUUUAUAGGCAAACAUUGACAGUUGUAUAUGAGCCAAUCAACAACCUGCAAUCAGUGUUAGAUGUUAAAACUCAAAUUUCAUCCCCAAUUACUUUCAUUCUCAAUUUUUUAACAGUAAUGGUAUAUUAUGCUUCGAUUUCUUUGAUAAAUUCUUAGGCAACCCGAGUUAUAUUUUUAUUAUUUGUAAUGCGUAAUUAUUUAACAAAGCUAAAACAUGACUCUGUAGUUAUGUUUUCCAAAUUUUCACUCCAAUUU